AUGCCUCCUCCCGCUCCCUUCCCCAAUAGCCCCUCGAACCCGCGCAAACCUCUCGAGAGCCAGACAAACGCGGGCAGUGAUAUGUCCGUGAUGCUUUUCGUCCAGCCAGAUUGCCCGUCUAAGUUUGCCUAUCAGGACCAGCAUCGCAUUAACGGGCUCAACGCAGAGGCAUUGGCGAGGGUCUUCCUACCUGCCCCACCCUGGAUUCUGACCCCCGAGUAUGCGCAACUUCGGUCGGACCCCGGCAACCCCUCCGCCUGCAUCUUCUUCAGCACCAACCUUUCCAUCUACAAUAAACAAGUCGUUGCAUCAGAAUGGACCGAGCAAUGGUUCUUCAUGAACGGUCGUGUUCACCCGUAUACCCUGACCUGGGAGAUUGAACAGCGAGAUGGUCCAGAGUCAGAUACUGGCGCCAUCACACAAUACACCAUUCCGGCUCUUAUCAUCUGUGAUCAGGGCUACCAGCCCAUUCUCCCCCGAAACUUUGCCUCCGUAGACCACUUCCCCGCUGUCCCUCCCGUUAUCGCGUUCACUGGCCCUGUUGUCGGUUCCGGCCGCACAUUGCUACGAAAGGAGUCUAUUCCAGGACUCGACGGCGUCUAG